AUGCCGCCAGAUGAUGAUAAUGGAAAAAAGCUCAAUCAAGAGCGAGCAUAUUAUAAUUCAAAGCUUGGAAACUUAGCUGUUUAUGCUAGUAAGUUUGGAGUUACAAAGAUUGAGUUUGCAGGGGAAAUUGUAAAAGAAGAACAUGUGUAUGAGUCCGGAUCGUUGCUGCAGAUAGAUGAAGUAACAAAUCCAAGCACCAAUCCUGUAAACAGGCAUAUCGCCGUAUGCAUGAGAUGGCUUCACCAAUAUUUCAGUGAUCCAAGUAAAAUCGAUGAUGUAGAAGUACCGAGGUUAGACGUCAGCCCUCAUCAGAGUAGGCAGUUCCUUGUCAAGGUUUGGCAGAUAUUGCGUGCCAGAACUCAGCCAGGGCAAACCGUAACAUAUGGUAAGCUUGCUGCCAUGGCAGGAAACUCAAAAGCUGGCAGGUCUGUUGGACUUGCCAUGAGACGAAAUCCAUUUCCUAUUGUUGUUCCAUGUCACAGGGUGAUAAAGUCAAAUGCAAAAAUUGGACAUUACAGCGGAUUAAAUGGCACUGAAACGAAAAAAUGGCUUCUUGACCAUGAGAAGGCAUUUUGCAGCAAAAAAUUGACAACAUCCCAAAAGCUUGAAUAG